AUGGAAAAUUCAGAGCAGAUGUAGAUUGACACAACUACCUAGGAUUAAACCUUAAAUACAGAGUAGGCUGAAAUCAAUGAGGAGGAAAGACUUAAGAAUUAACUGCAAGAUCUUUUGAUCAUGGUGAAAUCCUCUUAGAACCAGAAUGGUCUAAGGCACAACGAUUAUGGUAGAUAUCAUAAGUAUUGUAUCAGAAAGAUUUACAGAAUUAGAAAGUCACUCAAAUUCACUCAAGGCAGAAAGCAAUUCAAUAAAAAGGAUGUUACUGCAUCUGAGGCAUCAAAAGAUCACAAAUACUUGCAUCUGCUAAUAUUCAAAUGUGAAGCUAGUUGGGCUUAUGCAAUGUAAAUGAAGUAAAUUAUCAGUGGAGGUGGAUAAGCAAAGGUUGGAGCUGAUCCAAAUCUUUAAUAGAUGUUCAGCCGUAACCCCAACAGAGUUAAGUAUCACGCUCGUAAGAGACUCCAAAAAGCCUUCACAUCAUCUAAGUAUUUGCUCAAAGUUUCAGAAGAUUCAUUAGAUGCUUACAGACAAAAGGAAGUUGAAGCUUAUGUUUCAAGCAUGCAAGCAGUAUAUCAAAUGGAUGUUAAGGAUUAUCAAUCAGCAUUAGACAACCUCUUAAAAUCCAAAAUAAUCUAUGAGAAGAUAUCUCAAUUCAAAGAUUCCCUUGAGGCAAUCAUCUAUAAGGAAAAGGUUGGAUAAUUAGACACUUUGAUUAGACUUUGUUCAUUCAGUUUGAAAGGCAUGAUGACUAAGGCCGAAGAGGAAGCAAAUCUUUUGAAUCUUGUUCAAAGUUUCCCUCAAAGAAAGGACCUUGAAGAAACAAUCAGUAAGGUUAAGAGUGAAACUAGAAGAGAGCAGAUCGAGAAGAUUGAUGAAAUCACCUAUAACAAUAAAACAGUUCCACUUAAGACCGAUAAACUCAAGCAAGUUUUCAAGAGAGUAGAAACAGACAUGCACAAUAUAAGUGAGUAUUGGGAUAGCAAAGAAUUUGAGGCUGGAUAAUAGAUUAAGUACUACCUCAACCUUGUCAACAUUCUUGAAGAUGCUGCAUUAGUCAUUAAGAAAGAAAAAGCUGAGGAGAGUAAGAAGAGUGAACAAAGUGGUCAGCUUUACAAUAUUUUGAUCAGUUAUGUUCAAAGACUUAAAUAACAAAGCUCUAUUGAGAGAAAUCUCCUAUAAGCAAAGACAUUAUCUAAGAAGAUUGACCUUGACACUCUAUUCUCAAAUUUCAAACUAAAAUCUGAACUAAGACCACAAAACAUUGUCAGAUUCUAUGAAAAAGUAUUGAAGGCAUAAAGAUCAAUCUAAAAUAUGGAAAAAGAUACCAUCGAUCCUUUCAAGCAACUUGAGUAUGAUUUCUAUGAAAAACUUUACAAUACUCAAAUCAAGUACUAUAUUGGUCUUCACUAUGCAAAUGAGAGAAGCUAUCAAGAGGCAUUCCUUAUCCUUACUAGAGUUUCUCAAGAUAUUGAAUAGACUAUUGAAUUUGCUCAGAAGAAUUCUCUAUAGGGCUAAAAAGUGAAGAGAGAUCUUCAAGAUUUAGAAGACAAUCUCUUGAAAAAUCUAAACUAUCUUAUUUGCAAGAGCCAUUCAAAGAUACUAUAAACUUAGCAUGAGGAGUUCUCAAAAGUUCAAAGUGAGAUUUCUGAAAUGCAGAUUGAUAGCGCUAUUGGAGAAAGCAAAUCUAAAUAAGUUAAGUUCGAUAACUUGUAUGAUAUUCUUUUCACUAGCAAUGGCAAGAAAAAGGAAAAUCUAACUAAGAAGUUAAAGAUUACCAAUGACAGAUUAGAUUUCCUAGAGAGUCAAGGAAAGAAUCUUGUAAUAAGCAGCACUCUUGGUGAAAGAAAGGCCAUUGAAGUAGAUAAGCUCAAGAUUAGCAAACAAUUCAAGCUAUUAAACCCAGUCCCUAAAUUCCAAAGUGUCCCAGCAACUCCAUAAUUCUUUGAUUUAGCUGGAACCUAUGUUGCUUACCCAGCACUUGAUGAAACUAUCGCUAAAUACAAGCCUCAAGGUGGUGGUCUACUCUCUAAGCUAACUGGAUUCUUCGGACGUUCAUGA